ACUCGAAAAGAAGAAGAAGCGACCGUUCGAGCUUUUUCUUAAUACUUCUAUGGUUUAAGCUAGGUUAGCUACGUUUAUAUUGUUUAUUUCUGAUACUAUUGGUAAUAUUAUUGUGCCAUCAUUAAAUCUGGAGACAUGGACACAGCACUGAUUAAGCUGAGGCUGUUUGUUCAUCAGCGGCUGUACAGAGCCGCGGAGGAUAUCCUCGGAGAAAUGGAGAAAACCAUAAAGUUAGCUUUGUUAGCGGACGGUGGUUCCGACCUGUGUGAAGAGGAGGCUGGAAGUUCGCCACCACCGCUGGAUCUGCGGAAGAAACCAGCUGUGGAGCGUUCACUGACCAGCAGCACAGUGGAAAGUGAAGAAGACGAGUGUGAUGCCUCAAUGCUGCAGGAGAACCCAGGACCCUCAACACCAGAAGAGUCACAUUUUAAUGCUGCGAUCCCAGGACCCUCUCAAACAAGUGCAGAUCUGGACAAUAAUAAUGACUGGAACUACUGCUCGGUUCAGUCAGACUUUGAGCUGCCAGAGAUAAAAGAAGAGCAGGAUGAACUUUGGGAUGACGGUCAAACACAGGACAAUUAUUUCCCUUCUUCUGUAAUUGUGAAAAGUGAGCAAGAUCUGCAAGAGGGAGAAAUAUCAUAUGAACUGGAGCCAGUUCCUUCAGACUGCUCGGCAGCUGAGAGUGAGAACAGUGACAGGGAUGAGGAGUCAGUGAACAACAAAGGGGAACAGACCAACACAAAUAAAAGCAAAGGACAAAGUGAAAUGCCUAGUGAGAAGAACAAAGCUAAAAGUGAAAAGGGUCGCAGCUUUUGUCAUUUUUGUGGCAAGGGAUUCCAGUACAUUGGCUCUUUGAUGAAGCACAUAAAAACACAUGAGAACAAUUUUGACUGCACUGCUUGUGGGAUGACAUUGCAGUCUACACAGGACCUGAUCAUUCAUGUUAAAGAUUGUCACAACGAAACAUGUUUUUGUGAGGUUUGUGGCAAGAUUUUUGCCAAUAUGCGUUGUCUCCGGCUGCAUGAAAGAAUACACGGAAGCAUAAGCAUAAAAGAGUAUGUCUGUCAAGAAUGUGGCAAGACUUUUUAUCGAAGAGAGCAUCUGAUUGUGCAUGUGAGGACCCAUUCUGGGGAGAAACCCUAUCACUGUGAUGUUUGUGGAAAAGCAUUCAGUCAGAGCCAGAACCUUACAAUUCAUAAAAGAAGUCACUCAGGAGAAAAGCCGUAUCAAUGUGGCCUGUGUGGCAAACUUUUUAAUACUAGCAGUCAUCUUAAAACACACAUGAGAUACCAUUCAGGAGAAAAACCUUAUGAAUGUGAUAUUUGUGGUAAACGUUUUGGCCAAAGCGGACAGAUGACAAGACAUAGAACCACACAUACAGGAGAGAGGCCGUAUGGCUGCCAUAUUUGUGGUAUGAGGUACAGGUUUGCCCCCAAUCUGAAAGUGCACAUCGAAACCCACGAAAAACCUGCCGCUGAGCAUUCUUUUAGCACAGAUAUGUUCCACCAUAUGUGCACGGAGGACUCAACUGUCUCCACAAUGAGUCAGCUGAAGUCGUGUUUUCAUCAGCGGCUGCAGGCAGCGUCAGAGAAGAUCUUGGGAGAGGUGGAGAAACACAAGUUAGCUUUAAACGGAGCAAACCUUCAGCGACCAAAAGAAGAGCAUAACAGUCAGUGUCAAAAACUACACCAUCUGCGCCAGAUAUCAGAACCUCCACUGACUGGACAGGAAGUGCUGCAGGAGACCUCAAUACAAGCAGAGUCUAACCUGAGCACGGCUGAGGUCCCACUCCUCUCUCAAACCAGUUCAGAUACAGACAGCAAAGAUGGCAUCUACUGCUUGGCUCAGACAAACUUCAAAAUAAAAGAGGAGGAGGAGGAAGAGGAAAUCGGAAAUGACACUCAAGCACCUGAAGUCAUUGUACCUUCUCUUGAAGGUGUGAAAACUGAGCUUCAAGUGAAUUAUGAAUUGCAGCCAAUCUCUUCAGACUUCUCUGCAGCUGACAGUGACAGCAAUGACGGUGACGAGGAGUGGCUUCAAAACAAAGCAGCGCGGACAAAGAAGAAGGGACGAAAAAGGAAGACUUUGCAAAAAGUGAAAUCUGAAUUGCAGCCAAUCUCUUCAGACUUCUCUCCAGCUGACAGUGACAGCAGUGACGAUGAUGAGUGGCUUCAGAACAGAGGAGUGCAGACAAAGAAUAAGGGACCAAAAAAGGAAACUUUGCAACAACAAAAUGGAAGCAUUAAGCAGAAGGACGCAGAAGUGUUGCCUGAUUGUCUUAUAUGUGGAAAGAAUUUCCAGCACAUCGGUCCCUUCAUCAAGCACAUUAAAGAACACGGGGAGACGAGUGAAUCUACGAAGAAUCUUUUAAGGCAUUUGCAUAGUGCUCAAAACCAACGGCUAAUAUGUGAUUUUUGUGGCAAGAAGUUCACCAACGCUGGGUGUGUUCAAUUACAUUCAAAAAUACACACAGGGACUAAAGACUUUAAAUGUCGAGACUGUGGGAAAACCUUUGUCCAAAAAAUACAAAUGAUUGUGCACAUGAGGAUCCACACAGGGGAGAAGCCAUAUCAAUGUGAUCUGUGUGGAAAAGCAUUCAAUCAGAGACACAGCCUCAUUGUCCACAAACGAACACAUACAGGGGACAGACCUUAUUCCUGUACGACAUGUGGGAAACAGUUUUAUACCCUUGGUCAUCUCAAAGCGCACAUGCAGCGUUUUUACGGGACAAAACCCGUCAUCUCGUAAAAAUGUUCAUAAAACGUUUUGCCAAAGCCGGCAGUUGAUUCGACAGAAGAGUGCACACCCAGCAGAGCGCACAGACUAACUUUCUUCAUGUGUGGAGCCUAAAUGCACCACUUGAUUGUGUGUUGUUUUAUAUAACAUGGCUGUCAAUAUUUGUUCCAUAAAAAAUGUAUCUAGUGUUGCAAAUAUUAAUAUUUUUGCCCUUCUGUAUGUACGAUCAACAACGCCUUAAAGUGGUAAAAUGUACGAUCAUUUGACCCCAUGUUGACACUUCAAACACAUAUUCAUCAAUUCUUCAAUCACAAGGUCCCUUCCCUCCAAAUCAUACAGAUUUAAAAACAGUGGAGUGACCAAUAUGAUGUCACACAGACAGAAAUGCUGCCAUGAAUACUGCCUGAGGGGAAACUAAUUGCAAUUGCCACAAUAGGGUGAAUCUUCAAGCAUCAUACAAGUUUGCUUUCCAUCCUUAUUGUUUGUCUGAGAUAUUGGUUUGCAGCAGGUUCAUUGGUAACACUUUAUUUUGAUAGUCCAUAGUUAACACUCUAUAAGUCAUCAGUUGACAUUUAGUAGCAUGUCA